CUUCUCUGACCUUUCUCUCUCUCUCUCUCUCCCAGUCUCCCCUCCGCAAGUGUACAGUGGGUCAGUGGCGCUGCGAGCUCCCUCGCCUCGACAUCUCCACCCCGAUCUGGUCGCCUCCCCCGCCCCCAUUCCACCCGCGCCACCCCCACGCACGCGCCCGCGGAAGCGAAACCCUAGCUGAGCUAGAGCCCAGCCCCCUGCCCCACCGCCGAGGUGCUUCGCGCGCCGCCGCCGCCGCCGCAAUGGACCCCGCCGCCGAGCCCUCCUGGCGUCCUCCGGCGGCCGCUAGCGGUGCGUCCUCCGCCGUCACGGGCCAGAGCAACGGCAGGCGGAGGAGGCAGCAGCCCCGCACGGAGCCCCCGCCGCCGUCCGAGGACGACUCGUCCAGGCCCGUCUCCACUUCCGGCGGCGGCGGCAGUCAGGAUUUGAUUGAUUCAGAAGCAAAGCGUUUCAGGGCGAAUAAAUCUAGUGAUGAUAAUGGCAGUUUCAGAACAGAUGCUGAAGGUGAUUCAAGAAAUGGUAGUAAGGUUGUUGAUCAAAAUCCUCCACCUCCAGAACCACCAAAGCAAGAUUACAUCCAUGUGAGGGCAAGGAGGGGCCAAGCAACUGACAGCCAUAGCCUUGCAGAAAGGGCACGACGUGAGAAAAUAACCGAGAGAAUGAAAAUUCUCCAAGAUCUCGUCCCUGGAUGCAAUAAGGUUAUUGGGAAAGCAUCAGUCCUCGAUGAGAUAAUUAAUUAUGUCCAGGCUUUGGAACGUCAAGUUGAGUUCCUGUCCAUGAAGCUUGAGGCGGUUAAUGCCCAUGUGAACAAUGGAGUUGAAACAUUUCCAUCUAAAGAUUUUAGUGCUCCGACGUUCAACACAGCUCCGGGGCUGACGUUCGAUCCACAAACACCAAGAGAAUAUGCGCAGGGGUCGCCAGCAUCAGAAUGGCUUCACAUGCAGAUUGGUGGCACCUACGAAAGAGUGACAUGAACAGAACAAAUUCAGGGUGGCGCUUGGCAGAUCGUACCAUGAACCCAUGAUCACAACCACCUGUUCUGGAUUAAUUUUGCAGAAUUCUCUUGUUUCAAAUAUGGUUUUAUCUGUAGCUUGGAGAUGUAAUUGGCAGGAGAGACAUGAGACAUUGUAUUUAGGGAGAUCACUCGAGUGCGAUUCUUUUCUUUUUGCAGAUCGAUUCCAGACUUCUCUCCCACAUUCAUGUCACGAAUUUCAAAGGAUUUCUGUAACUGAGUCUUUCGUAAGAUGAAUGGAGGCAACUUUUGUCAGGUCC